CAAUGGUGUUGUCGUUGCAGUGUAACCGUCGCGGUGGCAAGAGGAAGCAGCAAUGGCGUACAUGAACAUGAGCAUGGGUGAAGCCCAUAGAAGAAUCACCGACUACCUCAACCGCUUCUCCGACGCCGUUUCAUCUCAAGACGGAGCUUCCUUCAAGUCUCUCUUCGCUCUCUCUUCCAACUCCCCUUUUCUUCUCUCCCUCGCCGACGCCGUCGCGCUCUUCCACGACGCUAACAGGCUCAUCAACCAGUCCGAUAGCUACUCGCAAUUCUCGGAUAUACUUCUUCCGCUUCUCCGAUCUGUCCAGAACUAUAAGCAGGGCGAUUUCGUUGAAGCGUACCUCGCGUUUGAAAAAACUGCCAAUGCGUUUAUACAGGAGUUUCGUAAUUGGGAAUCUGCUUGGGCUUUGGAAGCUUUGUAUGUUAUUGUUCAUGAUAUUAGGGUUCUUGCGGAGAAGGCUGAUAAAGAAUUGGCUUCCACUGGAAAAUCCCCUGAGAAGUUGAAAGGAGCUGGCUCCUUCCUUAUGAAAGUUUUCGGCGCGCUCGCGGGAAAAGGCUCCAAGCGUGUUGGAGCACUGUAUGUAACUUGUCAGUUGUUCAAGAUUUACUUCAAGCUCGGUACAGUUCACCUCUGCCGCAGUGUAAUAAGAAGCAUUGAAACUGCACGCAUAUUUGAUUUUGAGGAAUUUCCAAAAAGAGACAAGGUCACUUACAUGUACUAUACUGGACGUCUCGAAGUUUUCAACGAAAAUUUUCCUUCUGCUGAUUAUAAAUUAUCGUAUGCCUUGAAGCAUUGCAACCCACAGCGUGAAGCCAAUAUAAGGUUGAUUCUGAAACAUCUAAUUCCAGUGAAGCUUUCAAUUGGCAUAUUACCUAACCAUAGGCUUUUGGAGAAGUACAGUCUACUUGAGUACAGCAAUAUUGUACUAGCUCUCAGAAGGGGUGAUCUUCGACUUCUUCGGUGUGCGCUUCAAGAUUAUGAGGACCGGUUCUUGAGAUCAGGUGUAUAUCUUGUCCUGGAAAAGUUAGAACUUCAAGUAUACCAGAGAUUAGUUAAGAAGAUUUACAUUAUUCAAAAGCAGAAGGACCCAAGCAAAGCCCACCAGGUGAAGUUGGAGGUUAUUGUAAAAGCAUUGAAAUGGCUUGAAAUUGACAUGGACGUGGAUGAGGUCGAGUGUAUAAUGGCCAUAUUGAUAUAUAAGAAUCUUAUGAAAGGUUACUUUGCCCACAAAAGCAAAGUUGUUGUAUUGAGCAAGACCGACCCUUUCCCUAAGCUAAUUGGAAAACCUGUCAAUUCAUAGAGACAAUGUCAUUCGUGGAUCUGAAAUUCAGAGGUGCAAGAGUGCAUGGUUAUGGCAGAGUAAUUUUGCGAGAGGUUUUUCAACCUUAAGUUUAAUGUUGAAUGUUCGAGAAUUCAUGCAAAUGUGUUCUACUGGUCAAAAUAUCAUAGUAGUUCUUCAGUUUUUAAGUAAGCUAAUUUAUAUGCUAACUCUUGCAUACUGGAUUGUAGUUUAGAUUCCGCUUCAAUGUUUUAUGCUGCUGCAUAAGUGCUACAAGUGGAAGCAAAAGAUAACGAUCUCGUUGCUAUAACCUGUAUUUUUAGCUUGAGUAUCAUCAUCAUCAUCGUUGUUGUUAUUUCAAGUAUUCUUUCAAAAGCACAUGUCAAGUCACUUCUAUUCACUUUA